GCGCAUGCUGCGAUUCACAACCCUAUGGUAAAGGAAAGGAUUAAGAGAGCCACCAGACAUGACGUCAUCAGUGUGAGACGGAAGGACCGCUGUGCGGCUAGCUGGCUGAUUUCAUCUAGUGAUCGGUUUUCUGCAUAGCGACCUCUGCUGACCGGAACUAGAGUUACUUUGUGCGGGAUGACCCCUUAUUACCGGCCAGAGGCUUCAUGUGACAAUGUUUGUGCCGAGAGCGGUGAAGAGGCGACAGGAAACCGAGGGACCUGCAGUGAAGAGGAGGAGGGGGGCGGGGGGUCUGAACUGUCAGUCGUCAGUAAAUAGUAACACAUCCUCUGUUUCAGCUUCUUCAUGUGUGACUUCUCUAGCAGCAUCUGCUGCCACUUCUCUUCAUAAUGCCCUGCUCCCCACUGCAGUGUCCUCCUCCUGUGCUGUCCUUCUCUCACCUCCUGCUGUAGCAACACAUGGCUCCCCGUCUGAUGCUGCAACACUUGACACCGCAGGUGAUGCUGGAACGCAUGGCUCCCCGUCUGCCGUAACACUGACCACCCCAGGUGAUGCUGGACCGCGUGGCUCCCCGUCUGCCGUAACACUGACCACCCCAGGUGAUGCUGGAACGCAUGGCUCCCCGUCUGCCGUAACACUGACCAUCCCAGGUGAUGCUGGAACGCUUGGCUCCCCGUCUGAUGCCACAACACUGACCACCCCAGGUGAUGCUGGAACACUGACCACCCCAGGUGAUGCUGGAACGCUUGGCUCCCCGUCUGCCGUAACACUGACCACCCCAGGUGAUGCUGGAACGCAUGGCUCCCCGUCUGCCGCAACACUGACCACCCCAGGUGAUGCUGGAACGCAUGGCUCCCUGUCUGAUGCCGUAACACUGACCACCCCAGGUGAUGCUGGAACGCAUGGCUCCCCGUCUGCCGCAACACUGACCACCCCAGGUGAUGCUGGAACGCAUGGCUCCCUGUCUGCCGUAACACUGACCAUCCCAGGUGAUGCUGCAACGUAUUCAUCAACAUCUGCCCAUGCUUCUACAACACAUGCCACACCAUCUUCCCAUCUCUCAGCCUCUUCUGCUUCUCUGGGUCCUGUACCACCUCCUGCUCCUCUUCCACCAUCCUUACCACCUGCCUCUGAUGCAGAGGAUGAACCCAUCAAAUCCUACAGCAAACUUCAGCGCUGGCCGCUCCAGGGGGAACCUGUCUGUGUUAUAUGUGGGAGAUAUGGAGAGUACAUCUGUGACCAGACGGAGCAUGAUGUGUGUAGUUUAGAGUGUAAAGCCAAAGACCUCCUGCAAUCUACAGGGGUAUCAUCAUCGGAGGACACAGCACUUGCUCACCAGUCAUCAGUUAAUGUAACCGCUGUAGAACAAUCGCCUUUCUCUAGUCCGGGUGACAUUGUGACAGUUGUACCCCCUGUGCAUCAGCCCAUGGAGGCAGCGUCUUCACGAUCAAAUGAUACAAGCUACACCUACAGAGAGCACCAGUUCAUCACCCAGCUGGGGCAGGAUCAGAUUGACACUUUAAGACAGCAGCUUGGCUUAUCUGUACAUGGAAACCUGGUGUGCAGGCCAAUCAUAGAGUUUGAGCACUGCAACUUUCCUCCCACACUUUGCACAAACCUGAAACGGGCUGGAUAUGAAGUGCCUACUCCCAUCCAGAUGCAGAUGGUCCCUGUUGGACUGAUAGGAAGGGAUAUCCUGGCGAGUGCUGACACCGGAUCUGGGAAGACUGCUGCUUUCCUCCUUCCAGCUCUCAUCAGAUGUAUGGAACAGAAGGACGCCCCCGCUGCACUCAUCCUUACGCCCACAAGGGAGCUGGCAGUGCAGAUAGAGAAACAGGCCCAGGAGCUGAUGUUCAAACUUCCCCAAAUGAAGACUGCUUUACUUGUGGGUGGGAUGCCAUUACCACCCCAGCUGCACCGACUUCGGCAGAAUGUGCAGGUUAUAAUUGCAACUCCUGGAAGACUCUUAGAAAUCAUUAGUCAAAAUGCUGUGAACCUUGGGGAACUGAAGAUCCUGAUCCUGGAUGAGGCAGACACCAUGCUAAAGAUGGGGUUUCAGCAGCAAGUGCUUGAGGUUCUGGAGAACAGCUCACCAGAUCGUCAGACAGUGCUGGUCUCAGCCACCAUUCCUGACAGUAUUGAGAGGUUUGCCCAGCAGCUUUUGAGGGAUCCGGUGCGGAUAACUGUUGGCGAGAAGAACCAACCAUGCUCUAAUGUUCGUCAGAUUGUACUUUGGGUGGAAGAGCCUUCCAAGAAAAAAAAGCUGUUUGAAAUACUGAAUGACUCAAAGCUUUUCCAGCCCCCUGUUCUGGUGUUUGUGGAUUGCCGCCUGGGUGCAGAUCUGCUCAGUGAAGCUGUUCAUAAGAUUACCGAAUUAGAUUGUGUUGCUAUUCAUUCUGAAAAGUCCCAGUCAGAAAGGACUAAGAUACUACAGGGCUUACUACAGGGGCAAUAUGAUGUUGUAGUCAGCACCGGUGUCCUGGGCAGAGGUCUGGAUUUAGUUCAUGUGAAAUUGGUUGUGAAUUUUGACAUGCCAUCAAGCAUGGAUGAAUAUGUUCACCAGAUUGGAAGAGCAGGUCGACUGGGUCACCGAGGAACUGCAAUUACCUUUAUUAAUAAAAACAACAAAAAUCUGUUCUGGGAUCUGGUAAAGAGGGUGCAGCCAACAGGGUCCCUGCUUCCCCCGCAGCUGCUGAACUCACCGUAUCUGCAGGAGCAGAAGCGGACAGAACAGAGAAAGCAUCAUGACCAAAACAAGGUGGUCACAGGAGACCAGAUUCUUAAUCUCAUCCGAAAACAUGACAGAAAAAAACCACGCAAGUGACCAGAACACUCUGUGACUUGUAUAUAAAGGACUCCUUUCGGUUUUUGACCUUGGGAAAAUUAUAGUUUCUCAGGGAAAAAUAAAUAUUCCUCUCAUUAUUGAGAGUUUUUCUCAUGGAUUUUUUGUUACUGUCUUCUUCGUAAAGUUGUCUGUGUAUAAAAAUUUCUAGAACACAAUUUUAAUUUGCUUGCCAUUAAUGGUGUAAACUGUAAACUAACCCUGCAGUUG